AUGUCUAAGAAGAGGGGACUUAGUGCUGAAGAGAAGAGGACUAAGAUGUUGGAGAUAUUUCAUAAUAGCAAGGACUUCUUUCAGUUGAAGGAGUUGGAAAAAAUAGCACCAAAAGAGAAAGGUAUCACCAUGCAGUCAGUGAAAGAGGUGGUACAGAGUUUGGUUGAUGACCACUUGGUUGACUCGGAGAAGAUAGGAACUUCCAUAUACUUUUGGUCAUUCCCGAGCAAAGUCAAGAAUGCCAAGAAAAGAAAACUCAAUGACAUGCAGAAUGAGCUUGCAGAAUGCACAAAGAAACUGAAAAAGACUGAAGAAGCCAUUGCAAAUGAAUCUAUUGGGCGUGAAGCAUCUGAAGAAAGAACAGAUGUAUUGAAAUCUUUAGAAGAGAUGAAAAAAAAGGAAGAGGCUCUGAAGAAAGAAUUGCAGAAAUAUAGAGACUCUGAUCCCGAGUAUAUAGCUCAAUUAAAGACUGAAAUUGAGGAUUUGAAGACUGCGGCCAACCGAUGGACAGAGAACAUUUACAUUCUGAAGUCCUAUAUGAAGAAUACAUUUCAGUGUGAAAAUGAAGUUAUCGAUCAAAUGUUCAACAUUCCUCAGGAUUUAGAUUACAUCGAAUAGUUAUUUGUUAAUGUUAUGUUAC